AUGGAAAUUGACGAAAGCUACAAUACUAUUACUGCUGAAACUUCUGAUCAAACUAGGGAUAAAUUGAUUCUACAUAAUAAUAACGCUGAUCAGAAAGGAAACGAAAAAACAAGCACAAUGAUUCAUUUACCACGUAGAGAGUUUAGAAAACUUAUGAGAAAGCAGCGAAAAAAAAAUGCUCGGAUAGAGGCCGCAAAAGCUAGGCAACUACAAGAGGAAGAAGAAAAUUCUGAAGGAGUUACUGAAGCAACUAAAAAUGAAGAAAGAAAAAGAAAUGCAGAAAGAAUAUUAUGGGAAGUUCGAGAACGGCAAAUCGAUCAGGCUAAUGCUGAAAAAAAGAAAAGGCAAGAGGAAAAUGAAAGAAAUAAAAAAAUAAUACAGACAGUUAAAAGUAUAAAAAUACCCAAACCUGCUACCGAAGAAGAAAUUAACAAUAAAGAUUCAAUCGAAUUGAUUACAUCUCCAUCAGUAACAUCUGUUCAAGAAGAUUCGAGCGAAAAAACCGAUUAUGGAACUGAGAAAGAUCAAGUCAAUUGUCCAUUUUAUCUUAAAACCGGCGCUUGCCGAUACGGUGAUUCAUGUGGUCGAUAUCAUCCUUAUCCUGAAAAAAGUUGCACUAUUUUAAUCAAAAAUAUGUAUGAGGGUAUGCCUGUACAAUUAGCAGAUGAGAAUGAUGAUGAUGAUUUGGAGUAUGACGAAGUUGAAGCCGAAAAGCAUUAUUUUGACUUUUUCGAAGACGUACAUACAGAAUUUCACCAUUAUGGAAUUAUCGUGCAAUUCAAGGUAUGUAAUAAUUUUCAACAACAUCUGCGUGGAAACGUGUAUGUACAAUAUUCAAGUGAGGUCGAGGCAGAACUAGCGAUCGAAAAUAUCAGGGGAAGAUGGUACGCUGGAAAACAGUUGAUAUGCGAUUACUGCCCAGUAACCAAAUGGAAACCCGCGAUAUGUGGAUAUUAUCAAAGAAAUCAAUGUCCUAAAGGAAUUCAGUGUAAUUUUUUACACGUAUAUAAAAAUCCUGGUGGAUUAUAUUUAGAUGCUGAUAGAGACUUUGAAGAUCUACCUUGGAAACAAUCAAAUUCUAUUACGGCAACUGAUAAUUCUUCUGUAUCCAAAUCAGUAAAAAAAGAAUCGAUAUCCGUUAGUUCUACAAAGUCUCCAAAACGAUCUCGACCAUCUAGUCCAAAUAAGAGCCAUCCGCGUCAACCAACAUUGGAGCGCAAUAAAAAUUCUCGAAAUCGAACUGAUAAUGAAGCUAUGAAAAAGAAAUUUGUUGGUGAUAAUCGGAAUUAUACGAGAGAUGGGAAUGAAAGUGGGAACGAUUCAAAGCGUGAAAAUUCGUGUCAUAAUAUGGAAACAUCUAAUGACUUUAGAAAUAGUUCCAGGAAUAACGAACCUUAUGGAUCAUUAAUUAUCAAUCCUUCUAAACAUAUUGUCUCUUCCCCUACCUAUUCACUUACUUCUCCGUCCCAUACAUGA